GGGGGAUUCGGCGAUUAUCCACUUAUAGGGAGACCAAUUGCAGGAGAAAAUACGACAGUCCAAGUGUCAGUACCGCUUGUGGACAAAAUAGGAUCAGUUGACCGAUUGUUGCUGGUAGACAGGAAUGGAAACAUUGUUUAUAACAGCUCACUACAGAACGUUGGUGGAAGGCGGGGAAGAUCUUUGUUUAAAACACACAUAGUAAUCCCAACAAAGGAAUUUGAAGUUGCUGUGGAAGGAAUGGAUACAUCUGGUAACACAUUCCGACGUCUUGAUCCUAAAAUAACUUCUGCUUUGGGGAUCCAGCUGGAAGUAUUGCCCUCUUCUGGUACAUUAUACAUCAAUCAGUCGAUAACUUUACCAUACCGUGUGAAGAACGUCGGGGCAGGAACGGCAACUAUAAAAGUUUCAAUUACAGACGAUAAGGGAUUUGCUCAGUCACCGACAAGUAACACAUACCCUGUCCCUAGCAACGGGACAAAACGAGGGUCGUUUGUUUUAAAAGCAGGACCAAUCAAAGGAGAAACAACGACGGUAACCAUCUCGGCAAAAGCGACUGGCAGCGCAAACAACAAGGUUCAAUAUAACGUGCAAAGAAUUACAGUCGAAGAGAAAAUUAUCAGGGUUAUUGACAAAACAGCGCCAAUAUGUAACGUCACCAGUAUUAAAGGUAAAUGUGAUUUUGGAGCUGAUAUUUGCCAGUGUUCGAGACAAACGUGGGAAAUGAAAGCCAUUGUGGGCGAUAAUGGCGACGGUCUGCUGUCCGUGUUCUCCUCGGGAGCUGGACCGAACUCAACGUUCACCAACGACUCAUUUAGUGUUGGACACAAGUUAUCGAAUGGCGUGAUUCAUACUACCCUUAGCGCCGACUGUUGUCACCAAAAGGCAAAGAUUACAGUGGUUGAUCUAGCUGGUAAUGUUGGACUUUGCGAUGUUGUUAUUACACCUGGUUUUGUUGCCCCUGAUCCAAACCUCUGUAUUAGUCCUGUAAGUUCUGGCAAAACGAAACCAGUUCAGACAAAUGCCAACAUCACAUCUAUAACAUGUAACAUUACAAACAUUAUCGACACAUGUAACGGAAGUUCCUCGGGUACAGGUAAAGCCUGUGAGAAUGAAUUCUGGUCCACUGAAGCAGAACUUGGCGAUGAAGGCUUUGGGCGUAUUCAAGUUGCCGCGGUAAAUGCGGGGAGACACGCAAACCUCACCAAACUUAAUAACACAGUCAUGUUAAGCACGGACUGUUGUCAUCCGGAUGUAUAUAUAAACGUGGUAGAUAUUGCGGGUCAUACAGGGCAGUGCCAUGCUAAAAUUGCUGUAGUCACGGAUAGACCGAAACCAGUUCAGACAAAUGCCAACAUCACAUCUAUAACAUGUAACAUUACAAACAUUAUCGACACGUGUAACGGAAGUUCCUCGGGUACAGGUAAAGCCUGUGAGAAUGAAUUCUGGUCCACUGAAGCAGAACUUGGCGAUGAAGGCUUUGGGCGUAUUCAAGUAGCCGCGGUAAAUGCGGGGAGACACGCAAACCUCACCAAACUUAAUAACACAGUCAUGUUAAGCACGGACUGUUGUCAUCCGGAUGUAUAUAUAAACGUGGUAGAUAUUGCGGGUCACACAGGGCAGUGCCAUGCUAAAAUUGCUGUAGUCACGGACACACCGAAAACGAGCUUAGAUCAGAGCGGAAGUGACCCGCCACCCAUUGGUAUAAUAGCAGGCGGGGCAGCCGGUGGAAUUGCCGUUACUGGAGCGGUAGUCGGAUUGGUGUAUUAUUUGAAAACGAGGGCGACUGCUGGCAAAGUUGGUCAAGACGCAAAUGCAGUUACGCCAGCCAGUUAGAAAUUGUUGCAACUGGAAUGACUUUUGUUGACAUAUGAUAUAACUUUGUGAUUAUAAAACUGAUGGUAAAGAAUACGCUACAACACUGAUAAUUAAUGUUUAGAUUCGGACGAUAGAUAAACCAAGAAGUGAAACACA